UAUUCAAAAUACGACGCAUUUGAACAUGAAUUUGAAGCAGCCGAGAUCACCACUUCAGUCGCGGAUGUGUGCGUUUCCAGCGGACAGACAGCAAGAUUACAAGGGAAGAUGUGCGGUUACCCGAUUCCGGAGAUGAUUUGGUUGAAAAAUGGUCAGAAGAUGGGACAUUCACAAUGGAAAUUGCGGACUGUAAUCCUGAAUGACGAUGAUGUCUAUGCUCUGCUUGUGGAGAACAUGGCCGGUAUUGACAGCUGGCUUAGAUCAGGCAGCAAUGCAAAGUCGCCAGAAGGAUUUUUGCGAAAUUUGAAUCGCAGCGACGUAGCCUCUUCUGACGGUGAAAUCGAAAAUAAGGUCAAAAGAAGGUCACUAGGAGAUCCGAAGGGUGUUGUCGAGCGGGCAAAUCCGAAUGCUCCCAGGCUGACACAGCAACUGGUUGCGCCACAUUUCGACAGUAUUCUCUCUGACCACGAUGCAGUUGAGGGUGAGAAAGUCGUGAUGAUGGUCACAACUCAAGGAGCACCACCUCCAGAUGUACGCUUCUAUCGCGACGGAAAGCUGAUCUCUGACAGCGACAAGUAUGAGAUCCGUCACGAACCAGAGCCCAUCUACAAGCACUGGCUGAUUCUGAAGAACGCUAAGAAGACGGAAGAAGCAGAAUACGCUUUAUUAAGGAUUCCUCAUCAAAUGAAAGUGGAGAAAGCAGAAAAUAUUGCACUCGUGCGGUCUGAAGAGAAGAAUGAGGCAAUAGAGGAGUCGACAUCGAGAUCGCCACCUUCUCGACAAGUAGCCGAGGUAAAGCAUUUUCCGUUGGUCCGUGACUACACGAAACAACUCCCACGAUUCUGCGAAAAGCAGCUUAUUGCAGGAGAGCUGAACGUAGAAAAGUUGAGAGAAGACGACAGCAGCAGAAAGAAGCAAAGGAACCAGAAGAAAGAGGCUGCAGCCGUGAAAGAAACAGCUCCAGAAAAGUCGGUGCAGUCUUCAGAAGCCUCUGAAAGAACUGGAGCAAAACAGCUCGAAAAGGAGCAUGAAGUGCCAUUACCUCAAAUGAAAGUUCGAGAAGGAAGGAAAGCCGAUGCUGGCGCGAAGAAAAAGAGCGACCUUCUUGACGAUGACAAAAUUAGAAUGAUACGAAACGGAAAAAGCUUGGAUGAGCUUGGGAAGGCGGAUGCGCCCGUCGACUCAAAAAGUGUUGAUGGCUCCACGAAAGAAGAAGGGCUGAAAUCUGGGUCCGAAUUCGCAGAGCUUGUCUCUGAGACUGGCGAUCAGUCAUCGUCACUGGGAUUGGGAUUGGGAGCGGCCGAGGAGAAGAAACGAUCCGAGAUCGUUUCUAAAGAGGAGCAGAAUAAAGCACAACCAGUGACUCAAAUAAAGACUGAAGACGUAAGCAAAGUGAUGGAUACUGUAGAGGACAAGAGCGACGUAACGGCCAAUACGGAAAUAGCGUCGACACUAUCCAGGCCACCGACAGAAAGCUCUGUAGAAGGAGCCACAGCAGAAGUCUCUCGUAUCGAAGACAGUGUGUCCCAAAUUGACGAUCAGUCGUGCUCACUGAAAUUAAAAGCAGCGGAGACUGAAGAGAAGAAGAAACAACCUCAGGUUGUCCUCAAAGUGGAGAAGGGUAAAGAGAACACGCAAACAAGGAAAAGCAAAGAGGAUAUGAGAAGCGUGAAAGAUAAGAAGAAAGCUGCGCCGAGAAAGGUACCUUCUUUUGAAAAGGGCUCCGAAGAAGAAGAGCCAGGAAAGGGACACUUCGAAAAGCUGGAAGCUACACAUGAGAAGAAGGCAACCAAGAAACGGUCGCAGCAAAAGGCAGAUUCUAUUCCGGCACCUGACGCCGAGGAAGCAAACGGAGUAGCAAGUGUUCCUUCAAAGGAAUCUGCGGUUCAAAAAGGUGCAGGGAAUGAAGACAACCAGGAGGUCGCCCGUGAGAAAGCAACCAAAAAACGGCCGAAGCAAGAAUCAGAUCUUAUUAAGACACCCGACGCAACUCCAGUAUUAGACAAUACCCUGGAGGACAGUGUUGUAGUAAUCACAAAGCCGUUGGAGUCUAGAACCCUGGGUACGGAAGGGAAACCUGUCGUCCUUGCAGUCGACCUUAGCCGCCCCGCAAAAAAUGUCAAGUGGACCAAGGACGGUAAGGCUAUCACGGCCUCAGAAAAAUACGAUGUGUUAUGCGAGGGAACGUCCUGCACGCUCACGAUCAGGAAUGCCGAUUUUGAAGAUGCAGGGCAUUUUGCGGUGGAUGUGGAUGGAUCCGAAUCUUCCACGAAUCUUCACAUCUCUGGAAAGCCACAAGCCAAACCCACCAGCGAGGAAGUCAUCGAAAUCGGAAAGGACGAGAGUAUCGCGUUCGGUCUGGAGUUUGACGGUCAAAAUGAUGUGGUUGCUACUUGCUUUUUCAAUGGUGCCCCUCUGGAACAGGACACGAACACUCAGUUCGGCAUUCAAGGGAAUUCGUUGAAGUUCUGCAAACGGCAGGCGACAAAAGCCGAUUCGGGAGAGUACACAGUGAAGCUAUCAAAUGAAUUUGGCGAGACCACAAAAGUAUUCAGCGUCAGUGUCAAAGAUGUACCUGACCCACCAGCGGAAAUUUCUGUCAGCGAAAUCAGAAGCGAUUCUGUUUCGAUCACCUGGCAGAAACCUCUGGAUGAUGGAGGCGAACCCAUAACGGGAUACGUGAUUAUGAAGAAAGAACGUGGACGACGGACGGUCCAGAAAGUUGCUGAGGUUCCUAAUCUCCAAACAUCCUUCAUUGUAGAAGACCUAAAGACCGCGACCGGCUACGAAUUCAGUGUGGCAGCUGUCAACAAAUAUGGAAUCGGUGAAGCGGUUGAAGUUCUCGCUACCUUAUUUGCUUCAGAUGUACCUGACCCACCAGCGGAAAUUUCUGUCAGCGAAAUCAGAAGCGAUUCUGUUUCGAUCACCUGGCAGAAACCUCUGGAUGAUGGAGGCGAACCCAUAACGGGAUACGUGAUUAUGAAGAAAGAACGUGGACGACGGACGGUCCAGAAAGUUGCUGAGGUUUCUAAUCUCCAAACAUCCUUCAUUGUAGAAGACCUAAAGACCGCGACCGGCUACGAAUUCAGUGUGGCAGCUGUCAACAAAUAUGGAAUCGGUGAAGCGGUUGAAGUUCUCGCUGUUACCGCAGGAGCCUUUAAAGCUCCACAAAUCACCGAAAAACCCGUCGUUUCCGAUGUGAGUAGCGAUGGUUGCGUGCUGAAAUGGAAUCAGCCUAAGGACGAUGGAGGGUCCCCAAUUUACGGUUACGAGCUCUACCUUAGAAAAGACGCAGAAGAGUGGGAAAAGAUCAACAGCGAACUUGUCUUUGCCAAUCGCUUUUCCGUGGGAGAUCUUCUCCAGGGUGUUACCUAUGAGUUCAAGGUGGAGGCUGUCAAUGAGGCUGGAAUAGCGUCGAGCUCCAACAUACCGUCAGAACCACUGUUCAUCACACCAAUCUCAGGCACACUUCACAAGAGACCCUCAGAAAUUUCAUAG